AUGUCCGCUUCUCGAGCCUUUUCUAUCCUGCCACGCACAUUUCUUUUUCGUAGAUCUAUCCAUUUUGAAUGUCGAAACCGAAUUGAAAGACGAACCGGGCUUACGUUGGAAGGGACACGAGCAGGCAGUCCAUUGUCUACUAUCACUGGGACGGUCACAAGGGUGUCAUCGAUAGUGGGAGGAGAGGCAAGCCUACCUUGUGAUUCGCGCCCUCCUCAACGUAAUGAUAGCUUGCUCCUUGUGGUGUGGUACAGGGACGAAAACCCUGUAUACAGUUAUGACACGAGAGUCUCAGGGUCAAGGGGUCACUGGUCAGAUGACACAUUUGGAGAUCGAGCAAGAUGGAUCAACUUUCCAAACUCCAGUCUUCAUAUCCGGGAUGUCCAGUCUCACGAUAGAUCCAUAUACAGAUGCCGGGUCGACUUCCAAGUGUCGCCGACAAGGAAUUAUAGAAUAGCUCUCGAUGUUAUCGAGCUACCCUUGAAACCGGUAAUCUUUGAUGAGUUCGGCAAAGAAAUAACCGGAACUGCCGGCCCUUUCAACGAAGGGAGCGACUUUAAGCUUAUUUGCUCGGUGAAUGGGGGCAAUCCUACGCCGAGAGUACAGUGGUUGCAUGGUGAAAAUAUAGUUUCUUCACUGAGGGCGAAUGAGAUGUCAGGGGGUAACACCAGGUCAUUGACCCUCUUGGUCAGAAAUGCAAGCCGUUCACACUUGUCCUCUGUGUACACAUGUACAGCAGAUAAUACACUGAUAUCUCCGCCACAACGGGUUUCCGUGAAGGUAGAUCUGUAUUUGCGGCCACUGUUAGUCGAAAUCUUAUCGAGAGAACAACCAUUGUCAGUGGGUAGACAAGCCGAGCUUUGGUGUAAGUCAACCGGUGCAAGACCUCCAGCAGUGGUCACUUGGUGGCUAGGUGGCAAAAAACUUAAAUCUAUAACUAAACAUCAGGAUUUAGAAGAAAGGAACGAGACUCAUUCUUUGUUGAAAUGGACACCUUUAAAGGAACAAAACGGAAAAAUACUCACAUGUAGAGCAGAACAUUCCAAGAUCAAUAGUUCAAUGAUUGAGAGCAAAUUGGUGCUUAAUGUUUAUUAUAUGCCGGUUGCUACAAUGCAUCUAGGGGCCAAAAUGAACCCAAACGAUAUUGAAGAAGGCGACGAUGUGUACUUCGGUUGCGAGGUUGAUGCCAAUCCCCCUGCUUAUAAAGUUAUGUGGGAACACAACGGUAUUCCGCUUCAUCACAAUCCUGCCAAAGGAGUAAUCUUAACUGGCAACACAAACCUUGCACUACGUAAUGUGUCACGACACCAGGCCGGUAACUAUACCUGCACUGCUUCGAAUGUUGAAGGAGAUGGAAAGUCGCUUCCUGUGCCAAUGCAAGUCGUUUAUAGACCCAUAUGUCGAUCUAAAGAUAUGAAAAUAAUAGGUGCAGCUUUACAAGAAGCAUCGAAAGUAGAAUGCGAGGUAGAUGCUUUCCCUCCCCCAAACACGUUUGAGUGGGCACUUAAUAAUUCUGCUGGUUCAAUAAAGAUUGACCCUUGA